AGUGCCCCGGGCGUUUCACCGUCGGGGCGGAGUCGGGUCCUAUACGUGACACACAGUCGGUCGGCGGCGGGGGCCCGGGUGACAGGCGGCAGGGGUGGUGCCGUGAGUGUGACACUCGGACGAGGCAGCGUCGGUACGGUGAACGGACGGGGAAGCAGUGAGCCGAGGUACGAAACAGCGGGACACGUGGAAGGGAGUGGUGUGCUGACGUGAAACUAUUGUGGCCAGUGGUGGCGUGAUUUGGUGCUAGUGCGAGUGCUAUAUUCGUCGUUUUACCGAGGAUAGAUGUGCUCCGAUUUGUAAAAGAUUGAGGGCAGAGGCCAAUUCAAAGAUUUGAAUUGACACUCACUGUCAAACUGACAUUGACAGUUUGCGGUCAACAAACAAGCCCGUGAAGAGAACUGCUGCCAUAUCCAGAAACGAGCGAAGCCAGGAGAAAAGUGAAGAAACCACUGGUGCAUGUAAAAUCACCGUCCCAAAUGAUCCGACUCACCGCCUCCUGGAUUCACUGUUCGAUCGUCAUGAGCCGGUGAUCCACAGAAACACUAAAGAGAAAACGUUUCACAGCUCCCAGCUCAGCACUAGCACGUGGAUCGGACAGAUUGUUCCCUCGGCUUUGGCGGGUGCACGUAUCCUCAGCUGUAUUCGUCAAACACGUGUCCUCAGGUCUACCGGACAGUGGACUGUGUCCACAGCCCCGUCAGAGAUAUCGUGUCCUCAGCUCCGCCGGACACCGUGUCCCCGGACCCGCUGUGUCCGCAGCUCUUCACCCGCGGCAGUCCGUGUCCGUAUCCAGGGUGUGGCACACACACCGCACCCUCCCCUCCCUCCCCCUCCGCACAGCACCCGCGCUGACCGGAAGCUAGCGGAGGGUGGGGGCUGUACCCCGGGUGGCGCCGCGUUCCACGCCGGUCAGUCACGCUGUCAGUCGCGCUAUCAGUCCGUCAGUCAACCAGUCAGUAUCGCAGUCAGUCACAUUGUUAGUGAUAGUGCUGGUAACAAUGGAGUGACAAGUUGCUGUGCUGAUUUUGGCAAUUGUUCACUCAUGAAUUGAUAGACAUUGUGGUAAAGAAACCAGUGGCUAUGCCGCAUUGUCUCACAAUCAUGAAUUGAGGGUUGGCAUUGAACGAAUAGUUGAAAUACGCCAUAAUCAUUUCGUGACAGCUGCCCAAACGUGUGCCGUUCUACACGCUGAUCCGUUCCAAGAAACUAUUCAAACCCGAUAAGGGCACGUGUUUAAACGUUAACUGUAGUGCACGUGUUCGAUCUCCAACACGGAAUAUCACGAGACGUGCCGUCUUAGGCCGUGUUGGCACGUGCCCGCUCGAUUACAUUAACGGACAAGGACUACUCGUAACCUGGGACGCCGUCUUCAGACAUUGUAUUUCACGGAGGUCUGUUACCGCUCCUGAAUACACCACCUGGACUCCAGAUUCCAACACUCGAUGCUCAAGUGGCGCCGGUCAGAGCUCGGUCUCUCAGAGGCGGACAAAGAGACGCGCUCGGGGGUGGAUUCGAACCCGGGACCUCAGCAGGCUGCGAGGGAAUCCGAGAUGUGCGGCGAGUGUACGGACAGCGGUCGGGAGGCCACCGACAGCGCCUCCCUGACCUCGUCACAGCCGUCGAACGUGUCCUCUGGGUGUUCCGCGUGCACGGAUACCUCAGCCGUCCCUCGCAGCGAGGCUUCCUCACACAGCGCGCUGAAGGUGCCCAACGCGAGGAGACGCCCGGCGGCCGACCGGCAGAGAUCAGACUCACUGGAGGGCCACAGACGUCUGCAGAGACACAGCGGCGUCUGGGGCAGCGCAGAGCACCUGGCGUCGGAAGAGGACAACCAACAUGACCUCCAGCACGUCCACCCGGUCCGGAAGACCUCCAGCGUGGACGACCUUCUGGAGACCUCUGAUCGUCCAGUGCGGGGGAUCCUCCGGCGCCGCGGGCCCGAUCGGUACGGAGGCACGCCCAGCCGACCGAGGUUUGUGUUCUCGCGCUACAACCCCCAGUUCCGGACGCUGCCCACGCCACGGAGAGGUCAGCAGACCUGCUGGCCUCCGGCCGACCUUCCCGUCCAGAAGUCCUUCCUCAGCCUGCAGAAGUUUCGUCGGAGGGAGCGGGGGCGCGCGAGGGAGUCCCGCGCCGCUCGGCCGACGGCAGCGGAUAUCGCCGUCCUGAGACAUGACCUGCUGGAGGAGGCUCGCAGCCUGGGGUACCUCUCCGCCACGGAGCUGGGGGAUGUGCGUUACUUCUCACACAAGGAGAGAAGUAGCGCUCCUGGCGCCGGCGCCAGGCUCAUCUCAGAGAGUGGGGCUGAUGAACGGACGGACGGAGACCUCCCUCGUCUGAAGGACAUCCCUCCCGAGCGCCGCGCGGUGAGACAGCAGAGACAGUUGGCAGCGGAACUAUGUGACGUCAUGAGGCGUCCAACCCCACCGCUGCCAGCCCAGCAGGGGAGCUCUCGGGCCCCCUCCUGGAGUGUCCCCCUGCCGGGAGUGGCGGAGGAGGAGGAGAGGCAGCUGGAGACGCUGCUGGACGAGCUGGUGAACACGCCGCCCUCGCUGAAGCGCUGGUACCAGGCGGUGUCGGCGGCCAGGCGGCUGGGUCUGAUCCUGCCGCUGUACCGGGGACUUCACGAUCGACUCGACCCGGUCACACUGGCCAAACUACUCUUCAAGGGCCGCCACCACCUGAUGCGGGCCACGGAGGAACACUCCAGCGAGGACCCCGCCCUGCUCAGCUUCCCGGAGGAGGCCGUUCUGCGCGUCUUCACCAAACACAGGCAGCACAGACAUGGUUGGUGGUUCGGCGCGUACCGCGGCCGUCACGGAGUGUUUCCCUGCCGACGGGUGGUGCCCCUGUCCCGCGGCUGGUACAGCGCUCACCAUCAGCCCGUCAGUGACCUUGAGCAUGGCAACGCAGAGGAGCCUGACGCGUGGAUCGCCGAGCCAUUGGACGAGGAGCGCCAGGGGGCGGAGUCAGACGGCGACUCGUCCAAUCACAGCCAGGACUCGGCCAAUCACAGCCAGGGCUCUGGGUCAGCGGUCGACGAUGGCAAACACUCACUGCUGCAGUUCGCGAUGACGAACUUCAGAGGUGCCGAAGAGAGGUACAAUCUUGUCAAGGACGAGGACGGAGCGCACUCAAAGAUGCUGGAAACCAAAAACAAGAAGAACAAGAAGAAAGGCAAGGAGGACUGGACAUGGCGGGAACAGGUGGAGCUAGUCAAGUGGACCGACCGUCCGCUCCGCGUCUCGCUGCUGAAGCUGAGUCCUCCGGAGCUGACGCGACUGGCCGUGGAGAGUUUCUCGGCCAUCCAGCGGUACAUGGGCGACCAGACUCUGCCCCGAGAGGUCACAGAUGUGGACUGCGUCUACACGGUUCUCAUGGCCUGUCACCGGUACCCCGCCCUCCGUGACGAGGUGUACUGUCAGCUGAUGCGUCAGACCACCAGUAACCGGUCCUCGCAGGCCGACUCGUGCGCGCGCGGCUGGCGCCUUCUCAGCCUGGUGGCUGCCUUCUUCCCCUGCUCGGAGAGCCUGCGGCCCUACCUGCAGAAGUACCUGGAGACAACCGCGCAGGAUCCGCGCCGGGCGCACCGAGGUACUGCCGCCGUGAGUCUGCAGAACCUCCGCCAAACGCUGCGGCUCGGAGGUCGGAGGAACGUUCCCUCAGAGGAAGAAAUUGCCGCGGUGACGGCCGGGUGUACCGCGCGCCGACAGCGGUACCUGCUGCCCGGCGGUACACAGCGCAUAGUCAACACGAGGUGUACCACUGUGGUACAGAACGUGCUGGUUGAACUCUGCCGCGAGUUGGGAGUUACCACGGAGGACGAGUUGGAGGAGUUCAGCCUCUACUGCGUGGUCGAGGGGGACGCCUUCACUCUGCCCCUCGCCCGGCACGAGUACGUUCUGGAUGUGACCACAGAGCUGGAGAGGAACGAACAGAUGUUCCACCUGGUGCUGUGUCGGACCGUGUGGUCCCUCCCGCUGCGACUGGACUCUGCUCCGUACCUGGACGUGCUGUUCAGUCAGGUCACGCCCGACUACCUGGAGGGACUGCUGCUGGUGCUACCCGCCGAGACACUGCCCCAGAGCGUGGUGUUCGACAUUGCCCGCGUGGCGGCGCUGCUGCACCGGUCGGCCGGGCUCCGCUCGAUGCCGACCAUCAAGGAGACGAAACAUCUGCUGCCCAAGGCUGCGCUGCUGGUGCGCGACAUCAAGCCGCCCCAGUGGGUGAACAUGGUACAGGACAGCUGGUCCGAGGUGCAGGACAAGACGCCCGCAGAGGCGCGACGGGCAGUACUCGAGACCCUGCGCGGCUGGCCGCUGUUCGGCUCGGCGUUUUUCGUGGUAGGAGCCGCUCCGGAGAGCCGCGGAGAGGCGGCCACGGACAGACUGCUGGCCGUCAACAGUAGCGGGCUGCACCUACUAGAUACCGUCACACACGAGACUCAGAGCCAGUACCCGUUCAGCGAGGUGCUCUCCACGCGUCGGGUCCGCUCCGAUGCCGGGGACCUCUAUAUCGACGUCAAGGUCGGCACGCCCAAACAGGCCAAGGUCAUCCGGAUGCAGACGGAGAACGCGGCAGAGAUAGCACGCCUGAUCCGCCAGUACAGCGCCGCGCAGCAGCGCUCCGGACCAAUGGCAGAGCGCGCCGCCGAGCCGCGCGAGCGACAGGUGUCCCGGUAGCCAAUCAGAGGCGGCACGUGCAGGGCUCAACCAAUCACAUCCGAUGUGUUGUGAUUAACCAAUGACAGGCGAGACGCGUAUUGGUCAGUCAAUUAAAGGCAGAACGUGUUGCGAGCAGCUAACCACCGGUCAAGUUAAUGAGUUUUGGCGAAUUAAUAGCAAAACUCCACAGCUAGGUGAGCGGUGGUUUGCCGCUAGGGUCGGACUGACCCAGUCGGUCUUGCGUGAGAAAUGAAAACAAUUGGGGACCAAGUACUAUACCCUGGAGAACACCAGCCUUUACGCGAGUUUCGUAUGUCUGACUGAACCGACGCAGUCACUUUAUGUGGUGUCCUUUUGUUUAUCCUGUUUACCCUUUAACUUUGCUCAGCCAACGUCGGGAAGACGAAGGCGAGUUGCAGUCCUGUAUGAUUAGUGUUUUAUACGAACGUUUAGCGCAGUCGUGCGCCUUUACCGUCGUGAAUGAGGAACUGUGUGGAGACCAAUGUUUAUGCCGCUGUGAUGUUAUCCCCAAUAUAUGUAGAUGUAUUGCAGUAUCAGUUUUGGGCAG